UAAUUUUUCAGUUUAUUUUAAGAUGUUUUGGAAUUUCAAGAAAUCUUUGGAUACUCCCGGAAUGUCUUCCAAGCAUCCUUUCAAUCUUUUUUUUUUUGCCUACUCAGGUACUUACCGCGAAGGUAGAGCAUAUGUGCACUAGACGUUACAAAAACAUUCGCUCUAAACUCCAAAAAGCCAUUGCCAGCCAGCUCUUUACCCAAAGAUUUCCUGAAAGAAAUCUACCCUAUGAUUCCCUCGAAAUCAGUCAGGCUUUUAUUUAAUUAAGCCCACUCCGGGACUUUCCAAGAAAGGGUUUGUGUCGAGUGUUUGAGAAACAAAAACACACCGUUGGAGGAAAUAAAAGGUCUUGCCAUCCCUUUCCAACACAUUGGCCUGCGUUAUCAUCUGUACCAUGGCGCGGGAGUUAUAAGCGAGCGCGGGAGUUAGGGGUUAUAAGUAAUUCGCGAGACGUGCCGGCAAGUUGUGUUCUGCGUUGUGUCUCAUAAGUUCUCCUGUUAAUGAUCGGUUUUGUUCGUUUUGAAUCAGAAAAUAAACCUCCGCGAAGGGUUAGACAUUGGUGAUAUAAUAACCUAUCAGUGCAGCCUCAACCCAAGGAUGCUUGCUAAAUCUGUCGGAAAAGGAGAAGCAACUGAAACCGUUCUAGAAGACAAUGUCGAACCCAAGGGCCCCAUGAUUAUCACAACACGAUGCUUACGCAAAUGGAAUGGAACUGUGGUUAAACUAACACGGUCUGGAACGGAGAUCAAGGUGAAGCAACCCGUAUUCGGUAUGCGUGCUGAAUAUACGAUCGGCGAUUCGAUCCUUGCGAUGCGCGUCCAAAAUUUAUGCCAACAAAUCCUUCUACUGCGUACGAUAUAUCUGUACUAUGACAGUAAUCAACGUGUGACCCUCUUUAACGGUAUCGUGCGCAUGGUUCCGGCCUAUGAGUUUGCACACGAGAAAGAAAUUCUUUUUUAUUCUGAAAAGGAAUAUAAUAUUGUACUAGUGGUGGAUAUUCUACCGAGCUACGUUCGGUUGCGAGAAAUAUCAACGAUUCACUUCCUUAAACCUCGACUAGCACGUGGGCCGCCUUUGAAAAUAAAAAAAACCAACCCUUCCAUGUCCCAGAUGAAGUGA